CUGGUUGGGAUUUUGGAAAGGAAACAUCUAGGGCACGUUCUGGCUGUAGCAAAAAAGGGAGGAGGGUCGAGUUCAGGAGGGAGGUAAGGGACCCGGAUCAAGCUGAAGAAAGGGGGCUGGACCCCGUUAUGGGCUACGAAAAGGAUGAAUCGAAUCUGGACCAAGAAAGGAGCGACAGAAUCCUCUUUAAAAGGCCAGAGGACCAGGCUUGGAAGGGAGAAAGGACGGGCUAGGAUCCGGGUAGCACUGCUUUGAAAGAGGGGAUGACCUGGCUCGGCUAUUAGCCUUUCAGAAAGAUGGAUAGAAGAAAUGACCAUGGUCAUCGGGUGCCCACAUUCCAGGGCCCUCUGCCUCCCGCUGGGAGCCUAGGGCUUCCUUUCUCUCCAGAUGUUCAGUCGGAGACCACAGAAAAGGACCCACCAAUUGCCAGCCGAUCUAAGAAAAACAAGAACAAGAAGAAUUCUAUUAAGCCUAUGGAUAAGACCACACCGGCUCCCCAUCCAGUCCCAUCUGCCAAUGAUAAUACUAGCAACAAGCCUAAAGUAACUUUGCAGGCUUUAAACCUACCAAUGUUCACCCAGAUCAGUCAGGCUUCAGCUACUACUGAGGCACCCAAUAUCCAGGCUUCAGUUACUUCUCAGACCCAGAAAGCCAAGACAAUGAGAGUUACUCCCAAGGUAUCCCUAACUGGCAGUGAGGAUGCCACUACACAGCUGAAGCCACCAUUACAGGCCCUAAACCUACCAGUUACCACACCGACUAUCCAGACUCCAGUUGCCAAUGAGUCAGCUAAUUCCCUGGCCUCAACAGCUGUCAACAAAUCCAAGAAAGCUUCUAAGGCAAACAAUGCUGCCAAUAAGACUGUACCUAGUGCUGCUGAGAUCUCAUUGGCUUCGGCUGCUACCCACACAGCUACUACCCAAGGCCAAGCUGCCAAGGAGACAGGUAGUAUCCAGGCUAUAGCAACCACUGCCCGAAGCAAGAAAAAUUCCAAAGGAAAAAGAACACCUGCUAAGACCACAAAUACUGACAAUGAAUAUGUAGAGGCCUCAAAUGCCAUUGAGGCAUCUAGCAGACAGAUUGGGGCAUCUGGCAGACAGACUGAGGCAUCUAACAGACAGAUUGAGGCAUCUAGCAGACAGACUGAGGCAUCUAACAGACAGACUGAGGCAUCUAGCAGACAGACUGAGGCAUCUAGCAGACAGACUGAAGCAUCCAACAGACAGAUUGGGGCAUCUAACAGACAGAUCGUGGCAUCCAACAGACAGAUCGGGGCAUCUAACAGACAGAUUGAGGCAUCUAACAGACAGAUUGGGGCAUCUAACAGACAGACAGAGGCAUCUAGCAGACAGAUUGAGGCAUCUAACAGACAGAUUGGGGCAUCUAACAGACAGACUGAGGCAUCUAACAGACAGAUUGGGGCAUCUAACAGACAGACUGAUGCAUCUAGCAGACAGACUGAGGCAUCUAGCAGACAGACUGAGGCAUCUAGCAGACAGACAGAGGCAUCUAGCAGACAGAUUGAGGCAUCUAACAGACAGAUUGAGGCAUCAGCUGCAGCUGUGAGGCCCAAAAAGCCCAGGGGGAAGAAGGGUAACAAUAAAGGCUCAAAUUCUGCUUCUGAGCCCUCUGAGGCUCCACCUGCCAUUCAAACGGUCACAAACCAUGCCCUAUCUGUCACUGUACGGAUCAGGAGAGGGUCUAGGGCUCGAAAGGCUGCCAAUAAGAAUCGGGCAACUGAAAACCAAGCUCAGAUCACUGAACAAGGAGCUCAGGCCUCUGAGGCCAGCAUAAGUGCCCUGGAGACUCAGGUUGCUGCUGCUGUCCAGGCCUUGGCAGAUGACUAUCUGGCUCAGUUGAGUUUAGAACCCACGACCAGAACCCGGGGCAAGAGGAACCGAAAGUCUAAGCAUCCCAAUGGAGAAGAAAGAACUGGAAAUAAUUACAGGCGGAUCCCAUGGGGCAGGCGGCUUCCACCACCCCGAGAUGUGGCCAUUUUGCAGGAAAGGGCAAAUAAGUUGGUGAAAUAUCUGCUGGUUAAAGACCAGACAAAGAUCCCAAUCAAGCGCUCAGAUAUGCUGAAGGAUGUCAUCCAAGAAUAUGAGGACUAUUUCCCAGAGAUCAUUGAACGAGCAAGCUACGCUCUGGAGAAGAUGUUUCGAGUCAAUCUGAAGGAAAUUGAUAAGCAAAAUAACUUGUAUAUUCUUAUCAGCACUCAGGAGUCAUCUGCAGGCAUAAUGGGAACGACCAAGGACACACCUAAGCUGGGUCUCCUCAUGGUGAUUCUGAGUGUCAUUUUUAUGAAUGGCAACAAGGCCAGUGAGGCUGUCAUCUGGGAGGUGCUACGCAAGUUGGGACUGCACCCUGGGGUAAAACAUUCACUCUUUGGAGAAGUGAAGAAACUCAUCACAGAUGAAUUUGUGAAGCAGAAAUAUCUGGAAUACAAGAGGGUCCCCAACAGCAGACCACCUGAGUAUGAAUUCUUCUGGGGCCUACGGUCUUACCAUGAGACUAGCAAGAUGAAAGUCCUGAAAUUUGCAUGCAAGGUACAGAAGAAAGAUCCCAAAGACUGGGCUGCUCAGUACCGCGAGGCAGUUGAGAUGGACAUUCAGGCUGCAGCUGUGGCUGUGGCUGAGGCUGAGGCCAGGGCUGAGGCAAGAGCCCAAAUGGGGAUUGGAGAGGAAGCUGUGGCUGGGCCCUGGAACUGGGAUGACAUGGAUAUUAACUGCCUAACAAGGGAAGAGUUGGGUGAUGAUGCGCAGGCCUGGAGCAGAUUUUCCUUUGAAAUUGAACCCAGAGCCCAAGAAAAUGCAGAUCCUGCCACUAAUGUCAACUUCAACCAAGGAGCUAGUACCAGAAAUAGCUUUAGUGAUGGUGCUGGUAUUAGCUUUGGUGGUUUAACCAACCCCAGUGGUGGCUUUGGUGGCAUAUCCAACCCCAGUGGUGGCUUUGGUGGCAUAUCCAACCCCAGUGGUGGCUUUGGUGGCAUAUCCAACCCCAGUGGUGGCUUUGGUGGCAUAUCCAACCCCAGUGGUGGCUUUGGUGGCAUAUCCAACCCCAGUGGUGGCUUUGGGGGCAGAAAUAGCAUUACCUUUGGGAGUGUACCCAACACCUCUGCCAACUUCAGCAGUGCACCGAGCAUUAGCUUUGGUGACACACCUAACACUAGCACCAGUUUCAGUGGCGGAGCCAGCAGUAGCUUCACUGGCACACCCAGUACUAGUGCCCCUUUCUGUAACACAGCAAGCAUUAGCUUUGGUGGUGCACCCAGUAGUAGUGCCCCUUUCUGUAGCACACCAAGCAUUAGCUUUGGUGGUGCACCCAGCACUAGCACCAGCUUUAGCACAGCGAGCAUUAGCUUUGGUGGUGCACCCAGCACUAGCACCAGCUUUAGCACAGCAAGCAUUAGCUUUGGUGGUGCACCUAGCACUAGCACCAGUUUCAGCAGCACACCCAGCAUUAGCUUUGGUGGUGCACCCAGCAUUAAUAGUAGUAGUGGUGGAUCCAGCGUUAGCUUUGGUGGUGCUCCUACCACCAGUACCAGUUUCAGUGGUGGAAACAGUAUUAGUUUUGGUGGUGCACCUUGUACCAGUGCCAGUAUUAGUGGUGGAGCCAUCUCUGGCUUUGGAAACACACUUAGCAGUAUCAGCCCUGGCUUUAGUGCACUCAGCACAAGCACCAGCUUCAGCAGUGCACCAACUACAAGCACUGUGUUCAGUGGUGCAGUUAGUACCACCACUGGCUUUGGAGGCACACUUAGCACCAGUGUCUGCUUUGGUAAUUCUCCCUACUCUGGCGCUGGCUUUGGAGGCACACUCAGUACCAGUAUCUCCUUUGGUGGUUCGCCUAGCACCAAUACUGGUUUUGGUGGUACACUCAGCACCAGUGUUUCCUUUGGUGCUUCUUCUAGCACCAGCUCUGACUUUGGUGGCACACUAAGCACUAGUGUCAGCUUUGGUGGCUCUUCCGGUGCCAAUGCUGGCUUUGGCGGUACACUCAACAGCAGUACCAGCUUUGGCGGUGCCAUCAGCACCAACACUGGCUUUGGCAGUGCACUCAAUAACAGUGCCAGCUUUGGUGGUGCCAUAAGUACCAGCUUUAGUGGUGUACUCAAUAGCAGUGCCAGCUUUGGUGGUGCCAUCAACACCAGUGCUGGCUUCGGCAGUACACUCAACAGCAGUGCCAGCUUUGGCAGUGCACUCAGCACCAGUGCUAGCUUUGGUGGUGUACUCAAUGGCAGUGCUGGCUUUGGUGGUGCCUUGAACACCAAUGCCACCUUUGGUGGGGUACUCAAUGGCAGUGCUGGCUUUGGUGGUGCCAUGAACACCAAUGCCACCUUUGGUGGUGCACUGAAUAGUAAUGCCGGCUUUGGCGGUGCCAUCAGUACAAGUACCAACUUUGGUGGUGCACUGAAUAACAGUGCUGGCUUUGGCGGUGCCAUGAACACUAGUGCCACCUUUGGUGGUGCACUGAAUAACAGUGCUGGCUUUGGCGGUGCCAUGAACACUAGUGCCAGCUUUGGUGGUGCACUGAAUAACAGUGCUGGCUUUGGUGGUGCCAUCAGUACGAAUGCCACCUUUGGUGGUGCACUGAAUAACAGUGCUGGCUUUGGUGGUGCCAUCAGUACGAGUGCCAACUUCGGUGGUACACUGAAUAACAGUGCUAGCUUUGGCGGUGCCAUCAACACCAGUGCCAGCUUUGGUGGUGUACUGAAUAACAGUGCUGGCUUUGGCGGUGCCAUCAACACCAGUGCCAACUUUGGUGGUGCACUGACUAACAGUGCUGGCUUUGGCGGUGCCAUCAGUACGAGUGCCAGCUUUGGUGGUGCACUGACUAACAGUGCUGGCUUUGGCGGGGCCAUCAGUACGAGUGCCAGCUUUGGUGGUACACUGAAUAACAGUGCUGGCUUUGGCGGUGCCAUCAGCACCAAUGCCAGCUUUGGUGGAGCAAUCAGCACCAGCCCUGACUUUGGUGGUGCAUUCAGUACCAGUGUUGGCUUUGGUGGCACACUUAAUACCACUGACUUUGGUAGUACCCAUAGCAACAGUAUUAGCUUUGGCAGUGCUCCCACUACCAGCGUUAGCUUUGGUGGGUCUCAUAGCACUAACCUCUGUUUCGGUGGAGCACCCAGCACCAGUCUCUGUUUUGGCAGUGCAUCUAACACCAACCUAUGCUUUGGAGGCUCUAACAGCACCAACUGCUUUAGUGGUGCUACCAAUGCCAAUUUCAGUGAGGGGCACAGCAUCAGUUUUGGGAAUGGGCUAAGUACCAGUGCUGGAUUUGGAAAUGGGUUGGGCACCAGUGCUGGCUUUGGCAGCAGCCUAGGUACCAACACUGGCUUUGGUGGAAGCUUAGGCCCCAGCGCUAGCUUCAAUGGUGGCCUGGGCACUAGCACUGGCUUUGGCGGUGGAUUAGGCACCAGCACAGAUUUCGGUGGUGGACUAAAUCAUAAUGCUGACUUCAAUGGAGGACUGGGUAACAGUGCUGGCUUCAAUGGUGGACUAAACACUAACACUGAUUUUGGUGGUGAACUGGGCACUAGCGCUGGCUUUGGUGAUGGACUGGGCAGCAGCACUAGCUUUGGUGCAGGACUGGUCACUAGUGAUGGCUUUGCUGGUAACCUGGGCACCAAUACUGGUUUUGGUGGCACACUUGGCACUGGUGCAGGCUUUAGUGUAAGCCUCAACACUGGCAAUGGCUUUGGCAAUGGGCCUAAUGCCAGCUUCGACAGAGGACUGAAUACCAUCAUUGGCUUUGGCAGUGGUUCCAACACCAGCAAUGGCUUUACUGGUGAACCCAACACUGGCUCCAGCUUCAGUAAUGGACCAAGUUCUAUUGUUGGCUUUAGUGGUGGACCAAGCACUGGUGCUGGCUUCUGCAGUGGACCAAGCACUGGUGGCUUCGGUGGUGGACCAAGUACAGGACCUGGCUUCGGUGGACCAAGUACAGGACCUGGCUUCGGUGGACCAAGCACUGGAGGUGGCUUCGGAGGACCAAAUACUGGAGGUGGCUUCGGAGGACCAAAUACUGGAGGUGGCUUCGGAGGACCAAGCACUGGAGGUGGCUUUGGAGGACCAAGCACUGGAGGUGGCUUCGGAGGACCAAGCACUGCAGCUGGCUUUGGUAGUGGACUGAGCACCAAUGCUGGAUUCGGCAGUGGACCGAGCACCAGCACUGGCUUUGGUGGUGGACUGAAUACCAGUGCUGGAUUCAGUGGUGGACCGCCAAGCACCGGUACUGGCUUUGGUGGUGGAGCCUCUAGCCAUGGUGGCUGUGGCUUCCCUUACGGCUAGUGAAGAUUCAGGCUUGUUCCCCGUUUACAGAUAACGCUAACUGCAACAAUACUUCCCAUGGAGCCAAUGUGCAGCUUUGGAAUUGUUGUCCACGCAGCAGCCUGAGCACUAUUACCCAUCAGCUGAGUGAAACACUGAAAAAUCUGCUGUCCCUGCUUUGUGUUUGCUUCCUGUGUUGUUGUCAUAUUUUGGUAUCAGAGUUACAUUAAAUUUGC